CAGAGUUAAUCCAGCAGUGACUGUGAGAAGAUAAAGGAUCUUUAACAGCAAGGAUACCUUCAGAAGCUCUUCGAGAUUUUCUCUAGGGUGCUGAGAGUCGUUUAAUUGUCAUUUUUGGACAUUGAUGAAGAACAUGGUUCUACUUAGUCUCUUGAUUUUGGGUGUGCUGGUUAAAGGCCACCUGGCUCUUACUCCUAAUGAUUGUGGGACUUCCUACAGGCGUCCAGCUUACACCGACAUCGCAGUGUAUUGCGGGACAGAGUCCAUAAGUUUGGCCAUCCAGGUCUGCCCGGUCAUUUACACUGGAUAUAACGCGAGUUUGUUGAUUCUCAAUCGAAUCGCAAGCGACCCGUCGUGUCGGGGAACGAUGGACGAGACCGCGAAUCCCCCAGUCGUGCGCUUCAACUUCCCUCUGAGGCAACUGGACUCCUGCGGCAGCAUCUUCCGUACCACCAGCGCUCCAGGGACCGGCAUCUUCUCGGACUUCUCUAACAUCCAGACGGUUAACAUCAGUGGGGUGGUCCGAUCUUUCGACCCCACAAUCGGAACAGUGACCUACAACGCCGAGCUGAGCUAUUUUUACUCCUGUGCAUAUCCACUCGAGUACCUGAUCAACAAUACACAAGUUGAUGUGUCAUCCUCUUCCAUCGCAGUGAUUGACAACAAUGGUAGCUUCAUCAGCACUUUAAGCAUGCGGCUCUUCAAAGAUAUAAACUACACAACUCCACUCGUUAUCCCUGCUCUUGGUGUUGAGCUCAGAACCAGAAUCUACGUGCAAGUCAUUGCAGCAAACUUGACUUCACAGUAUCAUGUUCUGCUGGAUCGUUGCUAUGCCUCUAUCUCAGCCUUACCCACCAAUUCAACCUUUUUCAACCUAUUUGUCCCGUGCUCGCAGGAUCAGAUGACCACCAUGUUGGAGAAUGGAAACAGUCAGAAGGCUCGCUUUAGCUUCCCGGCCUUCCGCUUUGUCGAGCAGCAGAACCAGACCAUUUCCACCUACUACCUCCACUGCAUCACCAGACUUUGUGAAACCACCACCUGCGCCCAGUUCAAGCAAUGCAACAGGAGGAGGAGACGGGAAAUACAGACAGCCACAAUAAAAGAUGGCGUCUCAGACACCACCCUCAUCACCUCAGGACCUAUUAGGACUCAAGUAGACUCCUCUCCUGGCACUAAGGAAGCAGCCCUGAGCAGUGCACAGAAGGACAGUGGUAAUGGGGCAUCUGUAGGACUGGGCAUCGCUCUGGCUGUCCUUGUCAUUGUGGGUACCAUUGCUGCCCUCAUGGCCGUGUCGUUUUACCGCAAACUCAAGAUGCUGCGUUAAAUUUCCGUGAUCCCACAGCUCUUUUCAUGUAGGACUAAUACAACAGCACUGGUGGAGGUGGGAACUGGGGAUCCAUAUUAUUGAUAUCUGACUUUUUAAAUUAAAAAGCUUUGUCGGCGUAGCAGACAACACGAUUGUCAUUUGAAAUGCAAAUAUUGCAACCAAAAAAAUAAAAAAAAUUAAAAAAUUUGAAUAUACGAUAACUUAUAUACUUAACACACAAAGUUUAAAUGAGCUACAUUUCAUAAAACAAACAUGUACAGAAGUGCAAUUGGUGUGAGAAAGAGGAUUACAAAAGCAGCAUUGGUUUUAAAAGGAUAUUUGUGCAGAUAAAUCAUUUUAGCCAUUUAAAACUGUUUUGCGAUUUGUUGUAAAGGAUCUGUGCUCAAGUUGUGCUACGUUAAAGCAAGAUCCAAGGCUUUAGGAUUGACAGCUUUAAAAGAACAGGUGACAGAAAACAUUUCAUAAAGUCAUUAUAACAGCUGCAUGAAGAGCCUUGCUUUGACUGUGCAAACUUGUUAUUAUCAAGGAAGGAACAUUUCAUUUUGGAAAAGGAAUUAUAAACAUCCUUAUGCAUAUGCAGUAUGUUACAAAAUCAGACAGUUGUCUUGUGAAACAUGUUUGUUUGUAUUUGUUGAGUUUGUACUUUUAUUGCAUGCAAUGUCAUUAAUAAAGGCUUGUAGGAUUGUGA